AAAGUCAUUAAGAAUAAGUUGUUGAAACUUUAUGUGUUCUAUCCAGAAAAUUGAUCACGAUGUAUUUCAUCACGGUGUCAUUCAUUGUGGUUUGUUCUAUGCCAGGAAUUUUGGCCAAUAUGUUAUAUUAUGAUAAACGCUUUUUAAACGCAACCAUUGAAGCUUUGGUAAUGACCAAUGGACCUCUAAGUGGAAUCAACGAAGGGUCCGAUCGUUCAAAUUUCUGGCUCGAAUUCGAUAAUGGCUUACAUAUCAUAGUUCCAUGCGAUUACGAUCAUCAUUAUUAUAGCAAACUUAAUGCUUGCGUCGACACAUCCAAAAUGGGAAUAAUCUAUGAUCAUUGUCAGUUUUCGAGAAAUCCAGAUUGUUGGAAUGAAAUGCCUUUCUGCUUUUUCAAUAAUGAAAAUGGCAAAUACAAGUAUGAUAACUGUCUACCUUAUUUUAAACGCAACGAAGAAGAAUGUCGAUGUGAACUCGUAGAAUAAAAUAAAUGAAAUAGAGAUAUAUGAAAUAUAUAAAACAAUAGAAUAUAAUUAUUAUAAAAAUUAUUAAAAAAAAAUAAAUAUUUCUAAUUAUUUGGAUUAAUAUUCGGAUAUUAGAAUUAUUUUAAAACAUUAA